AUGACUAAAUCACUCUCAACAACAGCGAUUCGUGGUCUUCUAGCUCGUACAAUUCAAAAAUCCAAACCUAAAUCCUCAUCACCAGAUAUUCCUGGUUCACAAAAUGCCAACAUCACCGACACACGUUAUCAAAUAAUUAAAAGAAUUCUUUACGAAACACCUAAACCUGAACUUCCUAAAAUGACAGAACAAGAUCUCGAAAGACAUGAAACUAUCGAUCGAGCAUGGAAAUUAUUUUUACGUAAUCAACAAGAGGAAAGAGAAAAUGAAUUAGCAGCAAAAUAUCGAAUGUUAAAUGAAGCAAAUAUUGAACUUGAAAAAUUAGGGCCUAGAUUAUUUAAUAGCGCACAAAUGGGAAAUAAAAUUAUGAUGUUUCCUAGACAAAUGAAGAUUCCAACAGAAACUCCACCAUUAAAUGGAUGGAAUUACGAUUAUAAACCUCCACCUUCAGAUCCUACUAAAGAUUCUAAACCUUUACCUCCAGAUUCUACUAGAGAUUCUCCAUGA